CACUAGUUGGUGACUUUUUGGUCAAAGAAAAACAAACUUUCGUCUCAAUAUAUCACCCUUUCUUCGCCAAAAUGUUCUGGCAAGGCAAUUUCUCUCAACUCACCUACAACGCCAUUUAGCUGUCACAUCUUUUACCUUCAUAGUUGUUAACUAUUGUUGAAUCCUACCUCAAAUUUAGCCAUGCAACAUCAUUGAUCUUGUUUCUCCAAUUCCAUUCAUCAAUUACCAUUGAAUAUUCCAAGGUGAGAUAAACCCAAUUCAGCAUUUUCAUUCAUCUUCUAAGGGAUGAUAAACCCAGAAAAGAAUCAAACAUUUUAGCUUCAGAGAACAUAACCAAUACGAUAUUGGAAAUUAAACCAUACACAUAUAGAUCUUUUUUUUGUUAUGCCAAAAGGGGUUUGAAUACAUUGCUCAAAUCAAAACUUAUUCGAGAAAAACCCCCCUUAGAAACCAAGCAUGCAUUAUGGCUUUCCAUCUUUCCUUUAGAUCACAAUCAGUGUCAAGCUCAUAUCAAGGAUCACCAGUAGCAGAGAGAAUAACAGAAGAGCCUCUUCCCAGUAAAACUGCUCCAAGCACUGUCACGUGCAUCUACCAAGCCAAUGUUGCAGGGUAUUGGAGGAAUGUCUCAGUCUUGUGGUGCAAAAGUCCCAUGAGCCACACGCUAAACAUCAUGGUAGAUAGCAUGAGAGGUCAUGAGGUUCAUUACACUUUCAAGAUUGAUGUUAAGCCAUGGUUCUUUUGGAACAAAAAAGGGUACAAAACUCUUGAGGUUGAUGGCAAUCAAAUUGAAGUCUAUUGGGAUCUCAGGUCAGCGAGAUUUUCUGACGGCCCUGAGCCAAUAAGUGACUACUAUGUCUCUUUAGUGUCUGAUGAAGAGGUUGUGUUGUUAUUAGGAGAUUAUAAGAAGAAAGCUUACAAGAAAAUGAGGUUGAGACCAAGCGUUGUUGAGGCUUUGCUUUUGGUUAAGAGAGAGAACGUUUUUGCCAAAAAGAGCUUCUCAACAAGGGCAAGGAUUGAUGAGAAGGGAGAAGAGAGUGACAUUGUUGUGGAAAGCUCAACCACGGGGAACAAGGACCCUCAAAUGUGGAUAAGCAUUGAUGGGAUUGUUUUGAUUCAUGUGAAGAACUUACAAUGGAAGUUCAGAGGGAACCAAACAGUUUUGGUUAACAAGAAACCCGUGCAAGUGUUUUGGGAUGUUUAUGAUUGGUUGUUUGGUGUGCCUGGCUCAGGGCCUGGUCUCUUCAUUUUCAAGUUAGGGCCUUCUGAUGCAGAGAGUGACAAAGAGGGUUUUGAAGUUUGUGAGAGUGAUGAUGGUAGCAGUGGGUACUUUUCAACUCAAAGUUAUGCUUCCUUUGAGUCCUGCCUUGUAUUGUGUGCCUACAAACUUGAGUAACAAGGUAGAGACCAAAUGUUUAAUAGUGGGUUACAAUGAGUAGCAUCAUUGUAAAGUUAGUUGUUUUUUCUUUUUAUUUGAGUUUCAUGGAUGCAACCAUUAUUGUUCUAUAAAGUGGAUCAGAAGAAGUGGUUAAUAAAAACCAGGAUGUUUUGAUUCAUAUUUGCGUUUUUUUAUUCAUUAGUUUUUAUGACAUUGUUUAAGGUUUCACGACAUGUUCACAGAAUGGAAUCAUGGAGUCUCACGUUGUUUUAUGUUGGAAAGGAUAUGUUUGAAACAAGUGCAGCCAGUACCC